AUGCAGAUAUUGCCAGAAAGUGUGCGGAAACUUUGGAAUGAAUGGGAGCUACGCUGGAUAGUUCCACUAAGCCUCUUCCUAGAAAUCGUCCUCAGCAUCUUUAGCAACCGACGAAAGUACACAGCCACACCUUGGAUCAGAAUCCUGAUUUGGUCGGCGUACAUGUGCGCAGACUGGGUGGCAACAUUAUCCCUUGGUACCCUCGCCAACAGCCAAGGAGAUUCUAAAGGUAAACUUCUGGAUCCAAACUAUACCCUCAUGGCAUUUUGGGCACCAUUCCUUCUCUUGCACCUUGGUGGUCCGGAUACUGUCACAGCUUACUCUAUAGAAGAAAAUGAGUUGUGGUUAAGACACUUGCUUGGACUAGUUGUCCAAGCUGGAGUGGCUUUUUACGUGUUUCUGAGGUCAUGGGCAGGGACUCCACUCACAUUUCUGUCCAUUCCAAUGUUUGUGGCUGGAAUUAUCAAGUAUGGAGAGAGGACCUGGGUUCUCAGGGAUAUAGUUCAAGGAAAGACGAAAGGCAGGUUAAUUAAUAGAAUCACAAAAGUAGAGAUCGAAAUUCCUGGUGGAAAAUAUCUUCAUAUAGCUUACUUCUUAUUCAAGCAGCAAUUGAGCCAUCUUUAUGCAGACCUCAUCCUCAGCCCGGAUGACCAAAAAACCAGUGAGGGCAUCAUCAGGUGCAUGUCCUUCGAAGAGGCCUUCAAAGUGGUAGAGAUGGAGCUUAGUUUCUUGUAUGACGCGCUCUACACCAAGGCAACAGUGGCCUAUUCUCUAUUAGGCAUUAUUCUCCGCACUGCCAGCUUCUUGUCCACUAUUUCUACCUUAGCGGCCUUCUGCUUCUUCAUCGAUAGGCAUGAGUUCUCAAACAUUGACAUCAACAUUACUUACGCGUUACUCUUUGGAGCUAUUUUUCUGGAGAUUUACUCUAUCAUUAUGCUGAUUUUGUCUGACUGGAGCAUUGUCUGGUUGAGCAGUAAGAGAAACUCCCUAGCUGAUUCCAUUUGCCGAGCCAUUGCCUCUUUUCAAUCAGUUGUAACCAGUGACCAGAGAUGGUCUAGACGCAUGGCACAAAACAAUUUAAUUGAUUCUUGCCUCAGAGACAAAACCAAGUUCAAUCCGGUUCCCAGGUUCUUUGACAUGAACAAAUUCUUGGAGAGGUACUGGUACAUGACUUGGGAGAAGGUGGAUGACAUGAACAAACCCAUCUUCUGCUGGCUCCUGGAGAUGACAAAUGAUGCCAGGAUCGCAGGCAGCUACUCAAACACAGAGGUGAUUAUGUGA